AUGGCCGACCCAAUCCGCCUAAAAGCUUGGCAAAAACUCAGCGACAGAUGCGUUCACUCCGCUCCGUUCGACUCUCCUGAGCGUGAGCCAUUCUCCCAGUGCCUUCCAGGUACUCGUGUUGAUCUCCUUGACACCCUCCGCACCGCCAUCGGAACCGAGAACAAGAAGAUCAUCUUGCUCUUUGGCGAGUCCGGAUCCGGCAAGUCCGCUGUGGCUCACACACUAGCGCAGGGGCUCCACGCCAGCGGCGCGCUUGUGGCGUCAUUUUUCUUUUCCCGUCAGCAUGCUAUUUGUAGCAACGACGACCGACUCAUACCCACCAUAUCCUACCAGCUCGGUCUCUGUCAUCCACGUGCCAAAGAGGUCAUCAUCAAGGCGCUUCUUGAUGACCCGUCUCUUCUUAAGCUGGCACGCUCGCGAGACCAGCAGUUCACGCGACUUGUCCUCGAGCCUCUUAGAGAGCUUUCCAUGAUGUGGAAGGAAAAGGGUCUGACAGCAAUCAUGUUGUUUGAUGCACUCGACGAGUGCGAGCCGGGUUACCGUAAUCGACGCCUCGGUCAGUUGGUUGACUCCUUCGCCCGGGUGCUUGAAGAUAAACGAACAGCCAACUUUCACAUCGUGGUAACUAGUCGCCCUUACUCGCGUAUUGAAGACGCUCUGACUAAGCCCGCCCUCGUUCUACGGCACGUCAUGGAGAACUUUGACGCCAGGGACGAUAUUGAGCGCUUUCUCAAAUCGUUUUUUGACGAUAUCAGCCGUGCACCCUACGUUUCCCUUCCGAAGCCUUGGUCAUCGCCUGCCAACCUUCAGCUCCUUGUUGAUAGGGUUUCCCGCCGAUUCAUUGUCGCCGCGAAGAUCGUUACAUUCAUGGAACAAAAAAUUGAACGCCCAUCCGACAUGCAACAGUUUCUCGAAGCGCUGUUACGGACGCAGCAGCUAACGAGCAACGUUGAGGAGCUAUACCGUUAUCUCAUUCCCUCAUCUGACCAGGCGUCGAAAGGGACGUCUCUCCUCGUGUACAUCUUGACAUUAUGCGAGCCUUUGCCCAUACUCGACAUCAUGCGCCUUGUUCAGUACGACGCCCGUCCAGUACUUGAUUCGUUGGCUGCCAUUGUCUACGUCCCACCUAUCAACUCAGCUGAACCUGUCAAACCAUAUCAUACAUCGCUGCGCGACUUCCUCUGGGAUGAAGCUGCUCACUAUAAUCUCACUUGCGAUUGUUUAGAGCUCAUGGGCGGGGCGCUCAUCAAAAACAUUUGUGGUUUUGAUGAUGCUUCACAUUUACACUUGAACGAAAUCGAGGAUUUUGCAGCCAAAAGGGACGAGGCAGUUACUCCAGCCCUGGCAUACGCUGCAAAGUACUGGCUUCACCACAUUUGGGCACAUGCUUCAUUGGAUUGA